AUGGACAAAACCCCCCUCAUCUGUGACUAUGGUUCUGGCUUCAGUAAGGUGGGCUUUGCAGGAACUCAGGCCCCUCGGGCUGUCUUCCCCACCAUCCUCGGGAAACUGAAACAUACUAAUGUGCUAGAGGGAUUGGAAGAAAAAGACUGGUUCAUUGGAGCUGAGACCCAGAGUAAUCGAACAGAGCUGAAUAUGUACUACCCCAUCUCCCGGGGAGUCAUCACCAACUGGGACAAUGUAGAAAAGAUUUGGCAUUACUCGUUCUACCACACCCUCCGAAUCGCUCCUGAGCAGCACCCUAUCUUGAUAACAGAGCCACCGUUAAACAGCAAGGAAGCUAAAUCCAGAAUGACUCAGAUUCUAUUUGAAACCUUCAACUUCCCUGCCCUGUACUCGGCAAAUCAAGGGGUCCUCUCCCUUUACGCUUCUGGCAGAACCUCUGGAACAACUAUUGAAUCUGGAGAUGGGAUGACCUACUUCGUGCCCAUCAUUAAUGGCUAUCCUUUGCACCUGUCAACCACCAAGCUGGACAUAGCUGGCCAAGACCUGACACUGUACCUCAUGAAACUGCUGUCAGACAAUGGGAAUGUGUUAGAGACCAUAGCUGACCUGGAGCACAUCCGAGACCUGAAAGACAAAUGCUGCUAUGUAGCACUGGACUAUGACAUGGAGAUGAAAAAAACUUCAGCACCCUCCUUCCAGAAGAAAUUCACGUUGCCAGAUGGCAAGGAAAUCAACCUAGGGCAGGAGGCUUUCAUGUGCUCAGAGGCGCUCUUCAACACCAGCCUCCUGGAAUACAGACUCAAUGGCUGGUGCAUCAAGAACAAUGUGGAGCUGAUGCUGGAAUUAAAGGCAGAUGAGCUGGGUCCAGGGAAUGGCGAUAUUCGAGGUGUGGCCUUGAUGGAAUAG